AUGAAGGGCUACGGCACGCUCGACGCCGACGACGAGGACGGCCGCGUGCCACCGACGACUCUACGCGCGAACAGGCUCUGCUGGACGGUGGAGACCAACUCAGUAAAGCGGGAGCUGCUGAGCGACGUUUCCGCCCGGUUCUCCCCAGGAACGAUCACGGCCCUCGUCGGGCCGAGCGGCGCGGGCAAGACGUCGCUGCUUAUGGCAUUGGCCGGGCGCUUGCAAGGCGACCACCGCGGCGCCAUCCUGGUGAACGACGUCGCCGCCACGGCGUCGGAGCGGAGCCGCCUCUCGUCGCUGAUGCCCCAGGACGACCGCCUCUUCGAAAGUUUGACGGUCGAGGAGACAUUACUGUAUGCCGCUCGCUUAAAACUAAGGGUGAACCGCGAGGGGCGCGCUUCUCGAGUCCGGUCCGUCCUGAAAGCAUUAGGACUGACCGACGUCCACAAAGAAUCGGUAAAGAACGUGUCAGGGGGGCAACGACGGCGGACCUCCGCCGCGAUCGAGUUGCUCUCAAAGCGACCACUCUUACUGCUCGACGAGCCGACGUCGGGUUUAGAUUCGUAUGCUUCCUACAACCUCGUGCAACUCCUCAAACAAACGACAUACAGAGAAAAAAGGACCACCAUCGCCACCGUCCACCAACCCGCGUCACAACUAUUAGCAUUGUUCGAUUCAAUACUAAUACUGGCGCCGGGCGGCCGCCUAGCCUUCGAAGGUUCACCUCAAGAAUUGGACGCCUUCUUCGUUGAGCGGAACAUGCCUUUACCGACCAACGAGACCGCCCCGGAUCAUGCCAUCAACGUCGUGCUGCGAACGCCGGACAAGCGUACCUACCGCUCUCCGAGGAAAGUAACCAGGGAGAGUGGUGAGAUGCCUUGCAUUGAGGACGGUUCCUCCAUAAGUACGCAGUAUUUGGUGUUGCUACAUCGCCAGUGUAAAAUCUGGACGAAGGAUCAAGAUCAAGGCCGACUCAUGGUCCUGAUGGUCCUGGCGCAGGCCCUAUGGCUCGGGUUGCUCGCAACAGGGAUGACGCCCUGCAUCUCCAAGGGCAACUUGAUACAAGUGUAUGCUGGUGCGAUCCUGAUGGCGAGCGCGAACUGGCUCUGCGUGUCUCUACCGUUGGAGCGGCCUGUGGUACUAAGGGAGUAUCGAAAUGGAUCGUAUGGUGUUGUAGCGUAUUUCCUAGCGAGAGUGACGCUGUGUUGCAUCGUAGCAUUAAUUGCGGCUCUCGCGUCGAUGGCGGUGUUCUACGUCCUACUGCAGACGAGAUGGCGUCCCGUGAGCGUGCCGGACAAGUGGCUCUGGGCCACCUUUUUACUAUCGGCGUGUUCGAACUUCCUCGGGUUAUGUGUUGGCUUCCUAGUGGACUCGCCGCUCGACGCGCUCGGCGCCAUACCUACAUUGCAGUUAAUAAUGAUGCAGUCCACGGGCUUCGGGCCGCCCCAGAACCAGAUGCAGCCCUACGUCAAGCCGUUGAGGUAUCCCAAUUUGUUGCACUGGUCCAAUAAAAUAUUCUUGACGUUGAAUUUCCAUCACACGAACGAAAAGGGUACUCAGGUACUACAAAUGUAUGAUAUAAGGACGGGCCAGGUCACGGCCUGCUUCCAGGCGUUGUUAUUGUGUUUUUUAGUGACACUAUUCUUAGCUGGUUGUGCGUGCUACCGCUCUCUAACUAAACAGAGGAGGACGGGCCGCGAGCGCGCCCCCAAAAAAUCUCGGAGCGAGGUCGAACAGGACGCGGCGUCGUCCAUAAGGCGGUUGUUCGAAGGAAGUCCUCCUCCUUCGUCGGACGACGACUAUGAUCCCGACGAUACUCCUGUAUCUACGACGAAGCCGCCCGCGAUUCACUGUAUCAAUUUAACAACUUCAUAUGGAGGCGGCUCGACUUUAAUGGAUCUGUCCUGCGAGUUCGAAGGGUCGACGUGCCUCAUGGGGCCCUCGGGCGCCGGGAAGACGUCGCUCUUGAACGCGCUGUCGGGAAGGGCGCAACACAACAUCGUGCGAGGUUAUGUGACGAUAGACGGCGCCGAACCCAGUUCAAGGGUAGUGCAAUUGACACCUCAAGAAGAUACGUUGCUCGCCGGCUUGACCGUCGAGCAGACUUUUAGGUAUGCUUCAUUACUAUAUAGUGACCGAGACGACGCGGUCGAGCGCGCCGAUGCCCUCGUAGAUGCUCUGGGCCUCAAAGCAAGAAGACAUCUCGUCGUAGGCAACGCCUUAGCGCCGGGCGGCCUGUCGGGGGGGCAAAGGAAACGUGUCUCGAUCGGCAUCGACAUGCUGGCCGAGAAGCCAGUCAUGUUGGUAGACGAACCGACGACGGGCUUGGAUGCGUCCGCCGCGCGCCACGUCGGUCGGAUGGUCGUUUCUCUCUCGAAAAAGUACGCGAGGACGGUGGUCUGCACGCUCCAUCAGCCGGCCUGGUCGAUCGUCGAAGGCUUCGACCGGGUCGUUCUGCUGUCGCGCGGCCGGUGCUGCUUCGCGGGGCCGCCCCGUCAUUUGCGGGAUUUCUUUUCCGCGUUGGGCUUGCAGUGCCCCCCGGCGACGAACCUCGCGGACCACGCGUUGCAUGUUCUCUCGUCUUCUCCGGACGUCGCGGCGCGAUGUGCUGAUAGGUUACAAACGGUUAAGGAUGCUCCCAUGGUGCAGCAGCAUACUUUACCUAAAGUGUCGCCAAUCAGGCAGGCUUUCAUACUGACGAAGCGGACGGCGUCGGUCUACGCCUACUCGCCGGACCAGCUCGGGCUGUGUGUCCACGCGUCGAUCAUGAAUGCAUUAGUUGCGGGUCUAGUAUACAGGGCCUGGCCCAUGGACCUCUGGAUCGGCUUCGGGGCCUGUUUAGGCGGGAUGGGCAUGUCGAUGAGUUGCGCGAUGACCUCGAUAUUGGCGCUGCCUACGGAGCGGCCCUUUGUCGCGCGCGAGUAUGCGAACGGGACCUACACGGCGGGGAGCUACUGGUGUGCGCGAUGCGUCGUAUGUCUUGGGGUUUGUACGUUAGUCGGUGUCCUCACGACGCCCAUCUGGUACUUUCUCAUCGGUGUAUCGAUGGGACCUCAACUACUGACAAUAAUGAUAGCCUCGAUACUAGCGGCCUUCGCGUUCACGACCUACGCGAACAUUGUGGGAGCGCUGUCUUCCACCCCGAUCGCCGCGGCGAACUUCGCCGAACCGUUGUUAACGGCCAUGCUCCUCCUCAACGGCAUCAUGAUCACGCGGCACAAGAUCAAGAGCUUGUUUUAUCCUUUUUAUCUCAUAAAUCCGCAGUCCUGGCUCUGUUAUAUAAUUGUCGAGGCCGUGACGCACGGUCAUCCUCGCGGCGAUCACGUCAUGGAUUAUUUUCAAUACAAGAAAGGGCAAAUAGGGGCGUCGUUUUGCGCGUUGCUCGCGAUCGACGCGGGUGCUAUACUACUAGGCUGGGCCGUGCUAACGCACGCCUUCGCCGCCGAGGUCGACGGGUCCGAAUUAAGUGUGGUCGAGAAGGUCGCGACGUGCGGCAUCGCCGACGAUGCAGAAGAUGAUUUGAAGCAUCCGCGGGAGGAGGAGGGCGAGGUCUGCCUGCCCGUGGGGAUCUGUUAA